CGACCAUGUCCGCGCCAAUCACAAGUUCGACAUGGCAGCCAAGACCAUUGCCGCGACACUCCAGCAGGCUGUGCGUGUGAAGCAGUAUACGUUGGCAUUCUUGUUGCGAGAUCACCAAGGCGAGAAGCAGGUAUUACUUGGAAUGAAGAAGCGCGGGUUUGGUGAAGGCAAAUGGAACGGCUUUGGCGGGAAGGUCGAACCUUCCGAUAAGACCAUUGAGGAUGCAGCGGCGCGCGAAAUGACGGAAGAGGCGAGUAUUGAAAUCCAUGGAAAAGACAUGGAGCGCAUGGGUACCCUCGUAUUCACGUUCAAAGACAAACCUGAAGUCAUGCAAGUUCACGUCUUUCAAACCCGAGCGUAUUCGGGGUCACCUGCAGAAACGGACGAAAUGCGACCGCAAUGGUACGGCUACGACACCAUUCCGUACACGUCGAUGUGGUCGGACGAUUCGUUGUGGCUUCCGCAUCUUCUCAAAGGCCAUCGCAUCACAGGGCAAUUUGACUUCGCCGACGACGAAACCACCAUCGUCCGCCAUGUCUUGGAUGUGGACGAUGUGGAAUCCACGCCCAACACUAAUUAAAGUCGAUUAUUUGUUGCAAUAAUGCGACACUUUCACUUGAAGAUGGUAUACAUCGUUUGAAAUAUUAACAGUAAAUAUGUGUCGAUGGAACCGCA